CAAGAGCAACAUUUUUUGGUUUAUUUCUUUGUUUCCCAUUAAACUACAACAAAACAAAAAAACGUUGCAAACGUGCCGCCCCCGACAUGACCUCCAAGAAGAUCGCGCCCGAACGGCGCCCCUUCUGCGAUCCCCGCCUGGCCGAUGCCAAGUUUCGCAGGCAUCGAAUGUUGCACCUGAAAGACCCUGCCGUCGAGAUUGUGAAGAAAGGCGGCAAACGGCCAAUCAACGAUUGCCCCUUUUACAAUAUGCAAUACGGAUUCGAUGAGCUGCCCCUCGAUCCGAUCAAGGACUUUCUACAGGAGAAAAUCUCCCACUUGCAAAACGAUACGAUUGUUGGCCGCUGCAAUCGGGAGUUUGACUUUCACAAGUACGAUCUGGUAAAUGUGAAGGCACAGUACAGGGAAUGCGACGAUGACAGUCUGCAGGAGCUGGAACUGGAGGACAUUGUGAUGCCCGAACAGUUUGAAAUGCUGCGCGAUGCCAAACAUCAUGAGUACAAUUUUGAUUCAACGGCUUGUAAUCAAUUUCCCUGGAUUGACAAAUGGAUGGCCGGCGGGGUACCCAGCGAGCAGGAAAUUUUUGAAAUGACCAACAAGCUGCUGGACAUUUACUGCCAGAGACGCGUCCGGAUCUUCUACUUUGACUGCGGCACACGCUCCUCGCUCUGGUCCAACCAACUGCGCAAGCAGUACGGCACGCCCUCGGAGCUGAUCGGUGCCUAUAAUACGCCAACGGCGCGGCAUUUGCGGGUGACGACGCUGCAAAAAAAGACCAAGAAAGCCCCAUUCAAGGCGGGCGAUCAUUAUGCCCUGCGAACGCCACAAGAAUGCCGCAAUGAGCUGAUGCGCGUGGGCAAGCUGAUUGACAAGAUGAUUGAUCCAGUUUUGAAGGAGGCGCAGUUCAAUACAGAGCACGGCCUGCUUAAAUAUACAAAGGAAGACGUAUGCGCUCAAGAGGACAGAGAGUACCGCCAAAAGCACAAACCCAUUUGCAAGGUGGUCAACAAGCGCAUUCAUCGCCGCAACUUUGCAUCAAACGAGGAGUUUUUGCAAUGCCUAAAGAAAAUGGAAGCCACACGCUUUCCGUACAUGUCGCCUUUGCAGCCAGUGAAUCCGGAGGUUCAGAAAUUGAAAUUGAUCUCGAAAUAUCAGCGCAAGCUUUCGAUAGCCGAGGGCAAGUUUACAUUAGAAAUACAGAAACGAUACAAAUGCCUCGUGAAAAGCAUGUCCGUGCUGCAGUUGGAGACGUAUCCCUCACGCCUAAUACGUAAGGCCAUACGGCACAUCAAUCCACGUAAUGCGGUGCUGCAGGAUGCCUACAGAUUCAUACUCCAGGAAGAGAAAUAUUGGCCCAAACUGCCGCCCGAGGUUAUAUUAUUGGAUUAUCUGUUUGUGGGCGAACGAGGGAUACGCCUAGACUUUGCCAUACUCAUACUCGUUUGCCUCAUCGAUCUGCAGGAGGAUUUUCGCUACCAUGUCAAGCGCUCCUUUCUCCGCUAUCUGUUGCAAUCCAACAUGGAACGCAAGCGUUUGCAGCUGGAGCCGGAGCCGCCGGAAUUUCCUAUAAUGACCAUAACCUCGCCCGUGCCGUGGCGUUCACGUCUGCUGCUUGCCAAAAGCCGCAUUGGCGAAAUGCUCAUGAUCACGCAUCCCGCCGUGCAGGCCCUCAAUUUACUCUGGCAUCAGCUCUACGGGGAUCUUGUUAUUGUUGAUCUGUCCAAGCUGUUGCUCACGCAACGACCCCUGGAUGCGGACCUCGUGCAGAAUUUUGUUAGGGACAGCUGUGCCCAAGUCAAAGACCUUUUGGUGAACGAUUGGCUGCCACGCUGUGCAGACCUGAUGGAUCUGAUGCGCAACAGCUGGAAGGAUUUGGUGCCCAUGACGGGCAAGUAUGCUGGCCGCGCGGACACGCUCUUCAAGUGCGUGCACGCCCUGAUGUCGCGCCAUUUGGAGAGUCUGAUCAAUAAAAGUCUGGCGUAUCUGUUCAAGGUGCUGUGCGGCUACAAGAAUGGAAAUCAAAUCGAAGAGUAUUCCAUGUUCGAUAAUAAGCUGCGUCGCCGGCCGCUGAUGACGCUCACCGUGUCCGUGGUGGGUGCCCAUUUCGACAACGAGCCAAUUGACUUUGGACCCGGCGUGCGGGAUGAUGAGAAUAUAUAUCAGUUCGAUGCCGACGAUGCGGAUCCGUUUCAGGCACCGGGACAGCCACAGUUUGUAGAGCUUGGACCUGAUAUGGACGAAGUGGCCGUGUUUGAAAUGGAUCACGCCAGCAAGCUCUAUAUAUAUCCCUAUAUGAUGGAGUUGCCGGCGAUAAUAAGGGAUCUCUUUAAGAGUAUUUUGACUGUGGGUUACGAUAUACCGCGCCUUGAAUAUAUCAUGUCUGGACAGGUGCCUGAUACCUAUGGCACGCUGAACUUUAUCGAUGAGGAUCAUGUGGACUUUCUCUCGCUGUGCACCAAAGUCGAGGAAAUAGUCAAGAUCAAUUGGCGUGGUGUAAGCGUUUACUUGAAGCCCAUCUAUAAGUAUUACUACGGCUUGUUUAAGAAGUUGAUAAUGCCCAUGGUUGAGAAGAUAUGGACGGAUAAUACGUUGCCGGAGUUAGUGGUUGUUCAGGAAUUAAUGAAAAAAUUGAACGCCAUCAGCGAUUCGACCUAUUAUCUGCGUGAUUUCAUACCGUUAAAUUUGUUUCUGUUGGAUAAUCGUCACGUUAAAGAAUCGCUGCGCAUGUAUGUGAAAAAUAUCUACGACUUUAUAAUUGAUUUUUAUCGAGCGCUCAACAUGAACGAGAAUCGCGCCAUCUGCGAGGAACUGGAGGAGAUGUCCAUGAAGGCUGGCGAACGGCCAGAGGAGACACCGGAGGUGGUUGCCCUGCAGAACUAUAUAACUGAAUGCCGUGAGAUGCGCAUAUUUGCCAUAAAAGAUGAAAUCAAGCUUGUGCUGAAACGUGUCGUAUUCCUGCUGACACAUGCAUACCUGACCAGCGAUGAAAUUCAUCUGAAUUCCCGCACAUUUAUACUGCCCGGCGAACUGGAAGAGGUGCUAGAUCUGAGUGCCGCGCGCCUGGCUGUGGUGCGGGAUAACCUAGAGAUGGCUUUGAGAGAACGCCGCCUACAGUUUGAGAAACUGCUCAUCCAGGAGAAGCGUACCAUGGACGGCUUCCGCAUCAGGGAAAUACGCGAUGUACUCACUUUGGAUGAGCUCAAGGAGCGUGUGGAUACCGUGGACCUGCUCUUUAAUACCAUAGAGAAUCUUAGCCGUGAGGCGAAGGCUAUUAACGUGGAGGAGGCCCUGCUGCAAAUUGAUAUCUCCGCCUUUCCGCUGCUGGGCGAAAUCAUUGAGAAAAUGGAACCCAUUGAAAAACUAUGGAAGACAUCGUACGAAUUCGAAAAGGAUUAUCUCAUUUGGAUGUUCGAGCGCUUCGAAUGCCUUAAUGCGGAUGGCGUGCGGGAGCAGAUCGAGACCAUGUUCAAGAUUAUGCACAAGCUGGCGCGGCAGCUCUCGUACAAUCCGGUUGCGAAACGUGCCGCAGAGCAGAUGCGCAUCAAAAUUGAAAAGUUCCGCGUCUAUUUGCCAGUCCUUGACUCUAUAUGCCGGCACGGGCUGGAAAAGCGGCACUGGGAUAAGAUAUCGGCAAUUUUGGGUCGCCAGAUCAAUCCGCGUCUGUAUCCGACGCUCAAGGACAUGAUUGAUGCCGAUAUAAUGAGCAUAUUGCCGGAGCUGGAGGAGAUUGCGAAUGCAGCUGGCAAGGAAUACGACCUGAAUAUGGGCCUAAGGAACAUGCAGAACGAUUGGAAGGAUGUCAUGUUUGAGGUGCUCCAGUAUCGCGAUUCAGACACGCAUCUCCUGGCGUCCAUAGACGAUAUCCAAACUCUGCUCGAUGACCACAUCAUGCGCACCCAGGCGAUGAAGCGAUCGCCAUUUAUUGUGGCGCUUGGAUCCAAGGCGGACGACUGGGAGGAGCGACUGCUGCUCAUACAGAACAUCAUUGACGCCUGGACGAAUGUGCAGGUCACCUGGAUGUAUCUGGAGCCCAUAUUUAGCUCGGAGGACAUUAUGCGCCAAAUGCCGCUAGAGGGGCGCAACUUCAAGGCGGUGGACAAGAUCUGGCGGCGCAUUAUGAAGUACACGCUCAAAGAUCGCCACGUUAUGGCCGCCACCGAAUAUCCAAACAUGCUGGAGAUAUUCACCAAGGCGAUAGAGGAUUUGGAAACGGUGCAGAAGGGCCUGAACACAUAUCUGGAACAGAAGCGUCUGUUCUUCGCGCGUUUCUUCUUUCUGUCGAAUGAUGAACUGCUGGAGAUACUCUCCGAGACCAAGGAUCCCAUGCGUGUGCAGCCGCACUUGCGCAAGUGCUUCGAGGGAAUUGGCACACUGACUUUUGAUGACAACAUGGAGAUCACGCAUAUGAUCAGCGAUGAGGAUGAGCGCGUUUCGCUGGUGCGCAGAAUCAAUCCGCAAGCGGCCAAUGGUUUGGUUGAAAUCUGGCUAAAGGAGGUCGAGUAUGUAAUGCUGGACAGCGUUAUGGAGCAAAUGAAAGACGCCUGGGAGGACUAUGCUCUGGUGGAUCGCAUUUCCUGGGUGGUUUCCUGGCCCGGUCAGGUUGUGUUGGGUAUUUCCUGCACCGCCUGGACCUAUGAGGUGGAGGAAGCCAUUGAGAAGAAAUUACUGCCGGCAUAUUUGGAGAAGUCGAAUACCCAAAUUGGCGACCUUGUUCAGCUCGUGCGCACAGAUCUCCAGGCCGGCGUUCGCAUUGCUGUGGAGGCCCUCAUUGUGCUGGAUGUGCAUGCGCGCGAUGUGGUCAAGUAUUUGGCAGACUUGAGGGUGACGAGCAUACAGGACUUUGAUUGGAUCUCGCAGCUGCGCUACUAUUGGAAGAUCGAUGAGAAAAAUGAGGAAUGGGUGUGCGUCAGCAUGGUCGUCACAGAGGUUAAGUAUGGCAUGGAAUAUCUGGGUAAUUUGCCACGUCUGGUGGUUACGCCUCUCACGGAUCGCUGCUACCGCACUUUGAUGGGCGCUCUGAAGUUGUGCCUGGGCGGCGCGCCCGAAGGACCUGCGGGCACUGGCAAAACGGAGACCUGCAAGGAUCUGGCCAAGGCCGUGGCCAAGAAAUGCGUCGUCUUCAAUUGCUCUGACGGCCUGGACUACAAGGCGCUGGGCAAGUUCUUCAAGGGCCUGGCACAGUCGGGAGCUUGGGCCUGCUUCGAUGAGUUCAAUCGCAUAGAGCUGGAAGUGCUGUCGGUGGUCGCGCAACAGAUUCUGACCAUCCAGCGGGCGAUUGGACGCAAGGUUGUGAAAUUCUUUUUUGAGGACACGAUGCUCAAACUGGAUCCAACUUGUUCCAUAUUCAUAACCAUGAAUCCUGGCUACGCUGGCCGCACAGAGCUGCCGGAUAAUCUGAAGGUUCUAUUCCGCACAGUGGCCAUGAUGGUGCCGGAUUAUGCAAUGAUUGGCGAGAUAACACUCUACUCCAACGGCUUCGAUAUGGCGCGCGUUUUAUCCCAGAAGAUUGUGCAGGCCUACAAAUUGUGCUCGGAGCAGCUGUCUUCGCAGUCGCAUUACGAUUAUGGUAUGCGCGCCGUGAAAUCUGUGCUGUUGGCCUCCGCAUCGCUGCGUCGCCUUUAUGUUGACCUGCCGGAGCCAGAGAUUGUUUUGCGCGCCAUUGUUGAUGUCAAUCUGCCGAAAUUCCUGGAACAGGAUAUUUCCCUCUUCAUUGGCAUCUAUAUGGAUCUGUUUCCAGGCGUCGACCUGCCCAUGCCACAACGCGAUGACAUACUCAAGUGGCUGCGUAUUAAUCUGGAGGAGCGUAAUCUGCAGGCAACGCCUUGGUAUUUGGAAAAAAUACUUCAGAUAUACGAAAUGAUGCUGGUGCGGCACGGACUGAUGAUAGUGGGCGGCUCCAUGGGCGGCAAGACCACAGCCUAUCAGAUGCUCGCGCUGACGCUGCGCAAUGUGUCCAUUGAUGAGGAGGCGACGCUCAAGGAGUAUCCGGUGGUCUUUCGCAUUAUUAAUCCCAAGGCAAUUACGAUGGGUCAGCUUUAUGGACGCUUCGAUCCCGUCUCGCAUGAGUGGUCGGACGGUGUGUUGGCCAAAACGUUUCGCGAACAGGUGCAGGGUCCUAAAUCGGAGCGCGCCUGGGUCAUGUUUGAUGGUCCCGUGGAUGCGGUGUGGAUUGAGAAUUUGAAUACCGUGCUGGACGACAACAAGAAACUGUGCCUUAUGUCCGGCGAGAUUAUGCAAAUGACCAAAAUGAUGAACAUGAUGUUCGAGCCCGCCGAUCUGGAGCAGGCCUCACCGGCCACUGUGUCCCGCUGCGGCAUGAUCUAUAUGGAACCGUCGCAGCUGGGCUGGCGCACCUUCCACAAGAGCUUCUGCAAUGUCCUGAUCAAUUCCGUGGGUCUCAACAGUAUUUAUAUGUCACUCUUUGAGGACAUGGUCGACUGGCUGAUACCGGCCGCCCUGGAGUUUCUGCCACAAUGCAAGCAAAUGCUGGAGCUUUCGCCGCUUUAUCAAUAUCAGACAUUCUCGCGCUUCUUUCUGCAUUUCCUCGAGAAGCACAAGGUCUUCAAUCAGACGUGGUUCCAGCAAAUGUUUCUCUUCUGUUAUGCCUGGGCCUAUUGCUCCGCGCUGACGGGCAGCGGCCAGCGGGUCUUUGACGCGCUGCUGCGUAAGGUGAUUUAUGGCUCGAACGAGGAUUUCCCCAAGCCCAAGUACUUCUCGCUGAAUCGCGGCCAAAUGUUUCCCGAGAAGCAAGUAUUUCUCGACUAUCGCUUCGAUGAGGCCGAAAACUGGUGGACCUGGCAAAAGUCCUCCGAUGAUCCCUCAUCGGGUAGCGCACACUUUCCGGAGCAUGCACAGAUCAGCGAGCUGAUCGUGCCAACUAAGGAGACGGGCUACAUAUCCUACUGGCAGGAGUUUUGCAUAUCCAAGUCGUAUGGCAUGCUGGUCGUCGGACCGACGGGCACCGGCAAGAGCGCCAUCAUAACCAGCAAUUUGUUGGCCCUGCCCAAAUUUGCGAAUCUCAUCAACAUCAUCAACUUCUCGGCGCGCACCUCCGCCCAAAUGGUGCAGGACACCAUCAUGAGCAAACUGGAUCGUCGGCGCAAGGGUGUUUUUGGACCAGCACUCGGCAAGAAGUGCGUAGUCUUCUGUGAUGAUGUGGCCAUGCCCUCGAAGGACACGUACGGAUCACAGCCGCCUUUGGAGCUGCUGCGCACCUGGCUGGAUCAUGGCUACUGGUCGGAUUUAGUGGAUACAACCAAAAUCGAGCUGGUUGACAUGUCGCUGGUGUGUGCCAUGGGCACAUUGGGCGGCAGCAACUUUAUCUUUCCGCGUCUCUAUCGGCACAUGUUCGUUGUGGCCGUCGACUCCUUUGAGGAUUCAACCAUCAUACGUAUAUUCACGACGAUUGGUGAUUGGCACUUUGCCAAGGGCUAUCCCGAGAAGGUGGCACUGUUAUCACGCGGCCUGGCGGAGGCAAUGGUCAGCGUCUAUCGCGAAGCAAUGCGCAUCUUCCUGCCCACGCCAGCCAAAUCGCACUACACCUUUUCUUUGCGGGAUAUAACGCGCGUCUUUCAGGGCAUCGUGAUGGUGCCGUCGAAGCGUAUGCCGGAUACGGAAAAGCUGGGUCGUUUGUGGGCGCAUGAAACUUAUCGUGUGUUUUAUGACCGUCUGGUCGACCAGCUGGAUCGUGACCGUCUCCUAGUCAUGGCCAUUGACGCGUGCAAGAACUGUCUGCGCUUCCCGCUGGAGUCCGCCUUUGCCGAGCGCAUGGAACCGGGCGAGAAACUUAGCGAUAAUGAUCUGCGCAAUCUAUUCUAUGGCAACUACAUGGAACCGGAUGCGGAGCCCAAGUUCUAUGACGAAUGCGAAAGCUACCAGAAACUGGAGAAGCUCAUGAAGUACUAUCUGCGCGAAUACAAUUCGUUCUCCAGCACGCCCAUGGAUCUGGUUAUGUUUCGGUUCGCCAUCGAGCAUGUCAGCAGGGUCUCUCGUGUGCUGCAAAUGCCUAGAGGCAACAUCCUAAUGGUGGGCAUGGGUGGUUCCGGGCGCCGCAGCUCUUGCCGGCUGGCCGCACACAUAGCCGACUGUCGCCUGAUGACCGUGCAGGUGUCCAAGUCGUAUACCAUAACCGAUUGGCGCGAUGAUCUCAAGAAAAUACUAAUGGCCGCUAGUUUUAAUUUGAAUCACACCGUCUUUCUCUUCUCCGACGCCCAGGCAACGGAUGAGGGCUACGUGGAGGAUAUCAAUGGCAUACUUAAUACAGGUGAUUUACCAAAUCUCUACCAACUGGAGGACAAAGCAACCAUCUUGGAGAAUAUGGCAAAUGUGGCCAAGCAAGUGGGCAAGGUGUUGGACACGCUGCCGAGCGAGGUCUAUGCCUACUAUAUCGAGCGUAUUAGGGAGCAAUUGCAUAUUGCCCUCGCCUUCUCACCAAUUGGGGAAUCCUUUAAGGAGCGCAUUCGUGUCUACCCCUCGCUGAUCAAUUGCUGCACAAUCGACUGGUAUAUGCCCUGGCCGGAGGAGGCACUUUAUCGCGUGGGCACCUAUUUUGUUACCUCCAUGAAUCUCAACAAGCCGCACGAGGAAGAAACGCCACGCAUCUCGGAGGAAGUGCCAGUAGUGCAGGAGGGUGAAAAGCGCGAGACGAUGGGCGAGCAGGAACGUGAACUAACCCAGCUGGAGGAAGAUUUGGUCUUUUGUGUCAUGUACUUCCAUCAAUCUGUGGUAGAUGCCAGCGUAAAGUGCUAUUUGGAGUUGAGUCGACGCAACUAUGUCACACCCUCAGCCUAUUUGGAGCUGCUUAAAGCAUUUCGCACCUUCUACGCCCGCAAGCUGGACGAGAUUACAAGAUUACGCGACAGAUACACGACUGGCCUGGAGAAGUUGGACUUUGCCGCCAGUCAGGUGGGUGAAAUGCAGACCAAUCUGUACGACUUGCAGCCCAAGCUGAAGGUCUUGUCUGAUGAAACGGAUCGCAUCAUGGUAAACAUUGAGCGCGAGACGGCAGAGGCCGAGAAAAAGAAGGAGGUGGUCGGUGCCGAUGAAGCGGCAGCCAAUGAGGCAGCUGCCGCAGCCCAGGCCAUUAAGGAUGAUUGCGAAACGGAUCUGGCCGAGGCUAUACCCGCCAUGGAAGCGGCACUCGAGGCACUCAACACUCUGAAACCGGCUGACAUUGGUGUGGUCAAGUCCAUGAAGAAUCCGCCAUAUGGCGUCAAAUUAACCCUGGAGGCGGUGUGCGUGUUGAAGGGCAUUAAGCCAGAUCGUAAACCGGAUCCAAGCGGACACUUGGUGGAGGAUUAUUGGGUCCCGUCCAUGCGCAUGCUCAGCGACAUGAAGUUCCUCGAGUCGCUCAAGACGUUCGACAAGGACAACAUUCCGCCGGCCAUCAUUAAAAAGAUUCGCGAAAAGUAUAUAGCGGAUCGAGAUUUUGUGCCCGAGAAGAUCAAAGCGGCGUCCAUGGCUUGCGAGGGCAUUUGCCGCUGGGUGCGCGCCAUGGAUGUCUACGACAAGGUGGCCCGCAUUGUCAUGCCCAAGAAAGCGGCCCUGGCCGAGGCCGAGGGUGACCUGUCCCAGCAAAUGGAAAAGCUCAAUGCCAAGCGUGCCGAACUGCAGGUCAUUCUCGAUAAAUUGCAGAAGCUAAACGAUUUCUUUGCGGAAAAGUCGCGUGAAAAGAAACGUCUUGAGGACGACAUCGAGAACUGUGAGAAAAAACUAACAAGAGCCGAAAAACUGCUGGGCGGAUUGGGAGGUGAAAAGACGCGCUGGUCGGAGGCGGCAAAGAAUCUGCACGAGUCCAUCAGCAAUAUUGUGGGCGAUGUGCUGCUCGCUGGCGGCUGCACCGCUUACCUGGGCUUCUUUACCACCGAGUACCGCGUUAACAUUUUGGAUGACUGGAUGGCGGUAUGCGCUCGCCGGCAUAUACCGCGCAGCGAGACGUUCUCGCUGGCCACCACGCUGGGUCAUCCAAUGACCAUAAGAGCCUGGUCGUUGGCCGGUUUGCCGGCCGACAACUUCUCCGUGGAGAACGGCAUAAUUGUGACCAAUUCGAGUCGAUACUCUUUGCUCAUCGAUCCACAGGUACAAGCGAACAAGUGGAUCAAGAAUAUGGAGAAGAACAAUCAUCUGAAGGUGGUCAAGCAAAGUGAUUCCAAUUAUAUGCAAGUGCUCGAAUUGGCUCUAACCUACGGUCAGCCAGUGCUCAUUGAGAACGUGGGCGAGAAACUGGACUCAAAUCUGACGCCCAUAUUAGAGAAGAACGUUAUCAAGCACAAGGGCGGGCUGUUCAUAAGAAGCGGCGACACAAUGAUUGAAUACAAUCCCGAGUUUCGUCUUUACAUAACGACCUGUCUGCGCAAUCCGCACUAUCCGCCGGAAGUGAUGGUUAUGGUAACCGUAUUAAAUUUCAUGAUAACGGAACAAGGAUUACGCGAACAAUUGCUGGCGAUUGUUGUGGCACACGAGCGUCCCGAUUUGCAAGAGAAGAAGGAACAAUUGAUUAUUGAAUCCGCUAGGAAUCGUGAUGCAUUGUACACCAUUGAAUCCAAGAUAUUAGAGGUGCUGUCCACGUCAGAGGGCAAUGUACUGGAGGAUGAGAACGCCAUCAACAUACUUUCGUCCAGUAAAAUUCUAUCGGAGGAUAUACAGGAGAAACAGGUUAUUGCCGUGGCCACUGAGAUUGAAAUCGAUGCGGCACGACAGCAAUACAUACCAGUGGCUAAGCAUUCGGCCAUUCUAUUCUUCUGCAUCAGCGAGCUGGCCAAUGUGGAUCCGAUGUACCAAUAUUCGCUGGCAUGGUUUCUCAAUCUCUUCGUGAAUACAAUAUUAAAGGCGCCCAAGUCAAAUGUGCUGGCCGAGCGUUUAAACAAUCUUAACGAUUACUUUACCAAAUCCAUUUAUACGAAUGUCUGCCGUUCGCUGUUCGAGAAGGAUAAGCUGGUUAUUUCGCUGGUCAUGUGCCUGGGCAUUCUGGUCUCGCAGGGUCGUCUGGCCAGGGAUGAGCUUUUGUUCUUCCUGACGGGCGGCAUUGGCUUCAAGAGUAUCAUAAACAAUCCGUACAAGGAAUGGCUCCCAGACAAGGCCUGGGCGGGCAUCUAUCGCGCAAGCGAUCUAGAUGGCAUGAAGGACUUCCAUAGAAAGAUUGAAAGCAAUAUACAGGCCUGGCGUGAAUAUUACGAUUCGACUAAUCCGCAGGAUUUGCCACUGCCGGCGCCCUAUGACGAGCUCAGCGAAAUGUUGCAUUUGAUCAUACUGAAGAGCAUGCGGCCCGACAAGCUGGUGCCCGCAGUGCGUGCCUUCAUCACGCGCAACCUGGACAGGUCGUUUGUGGAGCCGCCGCCAUUCGAUUUGGGCGCUUCGUUCGCGGAUAGCUCACCGAAAAUUCCGCUAGUGUUUCUGCUAUCAGCUGGCUCUGAUCCCAUGGCCAGCCUCUUUAUGUUCGCCAAACAACGCGGCAUGUACGAAAAAUUGAAAACCAUUUCGCUGGGUCAGGGUCAAGGACCGCGCGCGGAAAAGAUGAUCACGGAGGCAGCACGGCACGGCCAGUGGGUCGUCCUGCAGAACUGUCAUGUCGCCUUCAGCUGGAUGGGCGACCUGGAGCGCAUUUGCAAUGACACAACGCUAACGGAUAGCGCAAACAGCGACUAUCGGCUGUGGUGCACCUCAUACCCGAGCUCUGUGUUUCCCGUCUCCGUGCUGCAAAACUCGGUGAAGAUGACAAACGAACCGCCCAAGGGACUGCGCGCCAAUAUGCAUCGCUCGUUCACGUCGGAUCCGCUGAUGCGCGACAAGUUCUUCACAAAUGCCUUCCUCUUCUCCGACCAGGCUAAUAAGUGCUGGCUACGUGGCGUCUUCGCCUUGGUGUUCUUCCAUGCUGUCGUUCAGGAACGACGCGAAUUUGGCCCCCUAGGCUGGAAUAUUCCGUAUGAGUUCAAUGAGUCGGAUCUUAAAAUCUCUUUGCUGCAGCUGAAGAUGUUCAUUGCGCAGAGCCACAGCAUUCCAUUCCGUGGCCAUGUAUACCUCACCGGCGAGUGCAAUUAUGGUGGUCGUGUGACCGACGACAAGGAUCGUCGUCUUAUCUUGUCCCUGCUAAACAUGAUAUACAAUAACAAUACCAUUGAAAGGGAUAAUUAUGCUUUGUCGCAGUCGGGCAACUAUUGCGUGCCGUUGAGUCCAACAAAACUGAACUCCAUUGAGUACAUAUCCACAUUUCCGCUCAGCCCACAGCCAGAGGUAUACGGUCUGCACGAGAAUGCGGACAUCAAUCGCAAUGUGAAGGAAACCAAUGCGCUUAUUAGCGGAGUGCUGCUCACGCAAACCGAUCUGAUGGCAUCAGUGAAGGCGAGCUCGGCAGGUGGCGUUAAGGAGGAUCCCGCCAUAUCCAUAUGCAAGGAGCUGUUGAGUCGAUUGCCCGAAGAGUUCGACCUUAUCGAGGUGUCCAAGAACUAUCCGGUCAUCUACACCAAUUCGAUGAAUACGGUGCUGCGUCAGGAACUAAUACGCUUCAAUCGUUUGCUGUCGUAUAUACGCAAGAGCCUGGUGAACGUGAGCAAGGCUGUGGUGGGCCAGAUUGCAAUGAUACCCGAACUGGAGCGCACACAUGCCUCGAUGAUUAUAGGCAAACUGCCGGCGGAUUGGCUAAAGAAGAGCUAUCCCUCGCUCAAACCUUUGGGCAGCUACGUGAGCGACUUUCUGGCGCGCCUGGCCUUCUUUCAGGAGUGGCUAGAUAACGGCGAACCGAAUGUCUACUGGAUAUCUGGCUUCUACUUCACCCAAUCAUUCAUUACGGGCGUUCUGCAGAACUAUUCGCGCAAAAAUCGCUUUCAGAUUGACAUGAUUUUUAUUGAGUUUGCAGUCACCAAAUUCGAGACACAAACUACGCAAGUAGCCGAUGUGGGCGCUUAUAUAAGGGGCAUUUUCAUAGAGGGAGCGCGUUGGAAUCGCAAGACGCGAGAAGUGGAUGAAUCCUUCUCCAAAAUUUUGUUUGAUACCCUGCCGGUAAUCUAUCUGCGUCCGGUUUUAAGAUUGCCGGAUGAGAUCCCACGCAGCAGCGGUGGUGCCCAGGUGCAGCGAGAGGAAGGCGGCACCGAGACCCUUCCAAUUUACGACUGUCCCGUGUACAAGACGAGCGAACGUCGCGGUAUUCUCUCCACCACCGGCCAUUCGACGAACUUUGUGAUGUAUCUGCAGCUGAGAUGCUCCCAGACGGCCAUGCAUUGGAUUAAUCGCGGCACCGCUUGCCUGUGCCAGCUGGAUGAUUGAAAAUUGACCCGCGGGCGUUCUCAGGCCGGAGUCGGACACGGAUGUGCCACACCACGCGACGACUUUUAUACGAUAUAUAUAUAUAGGUGAGGGGGCACCAGUAAGGGGAAUGGGAACUGGAACUGAAACUGAAACUGAGCUUGGACAGGGGCGACUGCCUAUUCGUUAUAAAAAGCAUGUUUUACUGGCACAAAGGAACAGCAGACCUUUUUGGGCACCAUACAUAUCCAGACAUACUUUGAUUCUUGUGUUGUAUAUAUAUAUAUAUAUAUAUUAUUUUGUUGUGCUCGAUGGAGCGCUGCCAGGAAAUGCGAUUCUAUCUAUUUUUUUUCGCGUUGCACCGCGCACCGUGCAGUGGGCGGCGUACGGCGGGCAGUGGCAUUUUGAUGAUGAUGUUGAUUGCCAGAUAUAAAUUAAAUAUGCAGAAUAUUGUAUAGCAAUG